CGCGCCAUUUGCUAGCCAACAUUCGUUGCGUGCGGUUAAAGAUACAAAGAUACUUCCUCUGCAGUGAAAGAUACUCGCGAGUGCCACUGAGGAAAUCACACGUUACAUAUCCGAAAAAAUAUAUAUCUUUAAAAAUUCCAAAACAUAUCACUUAGUUGGCUAAUUAAAAGUGUAAAAUAAACCAAAAACGAAAAUUUGGCCAGCAACAUGUUUGAUUGUUGAUGCGCAUGCGCCUUAAAGUAUUCUAUGCUACGUGGGUGGCCGACGUGUUAAAGGACAAAAACGCCAGUCAAAGGACAUUUAUCAGACGUUGACGUAUUAUUCAACAUUACUCUAUUGCCAUUACUAGUAAAGUGCAGUGAAAAGUGAACCAAGAAGCGGUUGAAAUUAACCGAAAAAUCACCGAAGAAUAUAGAAAACAUAUCCCCAUCGUAGUUUACUACCGUAAAACCCAACGAAGUUUACAUAAUACUUUCAACAUGUCCACCGCAUCGUCCAGCAACUCCAGCGGCGAGGAGCCCAACAAAAAGUCCGGCUCCAACAAUGAGGAGAGCUCCCACCUGCUGGAAUCCGCCGAGAAUGGAGCCAAAUACGGCUCCAGACAAGCGGUCAAAAUCGUAAAGGCCAGCGAUAAUGGACGCACCAACUCCACCCCACAUGAUCAGGAGAAUUUACUGGGCAACAUGGUGCACACGUCGACGUCGAACGAGUCGCGGAAAGUGACGCAAUAUGUGGCCGCCUUGGCAGCUGCUGGUGGCGCCUUAGCCUGCGGCACCGUCUUGGGCUGGACAUCCCCGGCCGAAACGGAUAUCGUGGACAAGGGCAUAGGAUACGAUUUCGAGGUCGACAAGGAUCAGUUCUCUUGGGUGGGAUCGGCAAUGACCCUGGGUGCCGCCUGCGUGUGCAUUCCCAUUGGUUUCCUCAUCAAUAUGAUUGGUCGCAAGUGGACCAUGCUGUUCCUGGUCCUGCCCUUCAUCCUUGGCUGGGCCAUGCUCAUCUGGGCGACCAAUGUGGGCAUGCUCUACGCCUCGCGCUUUAUCCUGGGUAUUGCCGGCGGCGCCUUCUGUGUGACCGCUCCCAUGUACACGGGCGAGAUUGCCCAGAAGGAAAUUCGCGGAACGCUGGGCAGCUACUUCCAGCUGAUGAUAACCAUUGGCAUCCUGUUCGUUUACGCCGUCGGAGCCGGAGUGGACAUCUUCUGGGUGAGCAUCAUCUGUGGAAUUCUGCCCCUCAUCUUCGGUGCCAUCUUCUUCUUCAUGCCGGAAUCGCCUACCUAUUUGGUUGCCAAAGAUCGGUCGGAGAACGCCAUCAAGUCCAUUCAGUGGCUGCGUGGCAAGGAGUACGAUUACGAGCCCGAACUUGCGGAGCUGCGUGAAAGCGAUCGGGAAACCAAGGCGAACCAGGUCAAUGUGUGGGCUGCCCUGAACCGUCCCGUCACCCGCAAGGCCUUGGCCAUCAGCAUGGGUCUUAUGUUCUUCCAGCAGGUUUGCGGCAUCAACGCAGUUAUUUUCUACGCAUCGAGGAUCUUUGUGGAAGCCAAUACCGGCAUUGGAGCCCAGUGGGCCUCGAUCCUGAUCGGCAUCAUGCAGGUGGUGGCCACCUUUGUCUCCACCCUGGUGGUGGACAAGCUCGGUCGCCGCAUCCUGCUGCUGGCCUCCGGAAUCGCCAUGGCCCUGUCCACCACCGCCAUCGGCGUGUACUUCUAUCUGCAGAACCAGGACAAGACCCAGGUGGAGAGUCUGGGCUGGCUGCCGGUGGCCAGUUUGUGCAUCUUCAUCAUCAUGUUCUCGAUGGGCUACGGACCGGUGCCGUGGCUGAUGAUGGGCGAGCUCUUCGCCACCGAUAUCAAGGGAUUCGCUGGCUCGCUGGCCGGAACAUCCAACUGGCUGCUGGCCUUCGUGGUCACCAAGACGUUUGUGAACCUGAACGAAGGCCUGGGCAUCGGAGGAACCUUCUGGCUCUUCGCCGGUCUGACGGUACUCGGUGUGAUAUUCGUUUUCUUCGCGGUGCCCGAGACCAAGGGCAAGAGUCUCAAUGAGAUCCAGCAGGAGCUGGCUGGCAACCGGUCGACUCCUCAAGCUAUUCCCGCGGAAAAGUAA